UUGUCUAUGGUAUAUAUGAAAAAUUAUCGUGGCGAGUAAAUAUAACUAUAACAAUGCAUGGCGGUGCCGUGUGUCUGCUGCUGUCAGUGUUCUGUUUAUACGUGACACAUCAUGGCGUACAUGGUUGGCAAGGGAAUUAUGAGAGAGUACAGAUGCGUGGAGAACAGCUGAGAAGCUAUUGUAUCUGUUGGUACGGUUGGUGGGGUUGUUCCGCGUGGCGCAACUAUUGGCAAACCUACUAUUAUUAUGUCACUAGAUGUAGGGCCGGAUGGACAGACGAGAAUGGCGACCAAAACUGCAACAAACCCAUCUGCAAUCCAUCGUGUGCUAAUGGUGGAAAAUGUGUAAAUCCAAAUGUGUGUGAUUGCCCAAGCACAGCCCAAGGCCCAUAUUGCCAAACUCUGACGUGUUCUUACCUGCUCCCGUGCUAUCCAGGGGAAUGCAAGGAUGGGCCCAAUUGCACAUGUUCGCCUGGGUUUACUUCAAUUAAACCGGCUGAUGGUUGCCUCAAUUUUCAGGAAUCAGAAAAGCGUCUCCGGCCCGUUAUUGGCGAGUCCAAUGUGACAAUAAAGGACAUUCGAAGAGAUAAUAAUCGGGUUAACUACAUGUUUGUGUUAGAGGUUUCGGAUGUGAACUCCUCCAUCGUCUGGAGCAACCAGCAGAGAUUCAACUUCUUAAAAUUUGAAAUGAGGGCCUUAUAUGAUGGCGUAAAUAACCUACCUAAUCGUCCUUUGUACGUCCAUGACACAAAGAUGGGUAUCGUUCAAAACAUCAUCACUGCAAAUGUCAGCAAACUACCAAGAGCUGGUAUUGUUCGGGACCCUGGUUCCUUUAAGGAAUACCCUUGUCAAGAGGGUUAUAGCAACGAUAAUCCAUACGUAGAGACUGCAUUGUGUGUUAUCAAUGAUGAUCAGUUUGUGACACUCAUUGAACAUGGAGACUGGUUGACAGUCAAGUUUCGGUCAAUUAGUGGUGGGUUUCAGAAACUCAUAAACCUCGACCAACAAGGACGGCCUUACGCGACAAAAUACUAUAACGGACUUUCAGUUAUCAAAACGGUUGAAUUCCGAUUUGACUUCGAUGCCCCUAAACACUGCUCUGAAGUAGCCGUCUCAAGUUGUCCAUCGAACUAUACGAUUUUGGCAAUUGCUGAAACGUUCACAAAGGGACCAAUACGCCCUCGAUGGCUGGGCUGGACCGACAUCGUGUCAGGGGUUGGAGAAUAUUACAUGGAAGUGUUCAAACUGGGGCCCAACAGGGACAAGCGACUUGUGGAGACCACGCCUAUUAACCCAGUCUACUCUGUCAUUGUGCCGCAUACCAACGACCCCAUACAGUAUCCAGUAUUUACGCCUGUUGAGCCUGGCAUGUACAGUGUCCUCUUGGAAGUUCGAGAUAAUGCAAACAAUUCUCGUAUCGCCCGCCGGUUUGUGUUGUACGACAACACCUCCUCAAUAUCACUGAACAAUGACACCGCCAAACUAUACGUGUCGUCUGCUGUCGAGGAGACUGGAUAUAAAUGGCAAGCACCUGCGUCAACAGGAACUAACGUGACUGUGUCAGUAGCCUGGCCAAACUAUUUUGUCAACCGUUUGCACGUAGACAAUCAGUUUCUAGCCGAAAUCGAAAAGUUUCCUGUGCAAUUUAAAGAAAUUCAAGCGGAUGGUGUUCUUUCCAGUGAAAAAUAUGUAGCAGACACUCUGGAUGACAAUGAAGGGCCCCGAACCCGUUCUGCGAUUACGCACUUUCACGGUAUCGUCAAGUAUGAAAUUGUCUUUGUGUCGACAGUCGAAGCUGCGGAGCCCAUAUCCGGUUGGCUACCGAUAGACCUGAAGGAGUCAUUUACUACUCAGAGACCUUUGGUUGAUGGAGACCGACUCCGAGUGUGGGUUCGAGCCACAGACGUAAUGGGGAAUCAAAGGGCGGACAGCACGAUCAUCAAGGUGGACGGUUCCAAACCACGUCUGCAGGCCAACACGUCAAGACUAGAACUAAAUACUGGGAAUGGACCAUACAACUAUAGUUCAAAGGUCGUAUUUCCGGCUUCUGAUGUUGAGAGCGGCGUUCAUAAGAUCGGUUUUGACAUAUUUGUGGGGACAGACCCGAGCAAUCAAGCAACAAUGAAACGGGUGUACUCGAAUUUUACAUCUGGCAACAUUGGGUCAAUCGGAAAUGCAGAAUGCCGUGAUGUGGACGGCGUGUGUUUCCUGUCAAGCCAGACCGUGUUUUUGGACAACUGUUGGAUGCUGGUUGGAAAGUCAGAUCUAGACAAAGUGUCUGCUAUGGUCAACGUGACGGCAUACAACCAAGCCAUGUUGGGCACAUCUGCAACGAUCAAUUUAGGACCAGUUAACAAGUUGCAGGGUCUCGAGAAGUAUGACGGUCCUCAGAAUCCCCGCAUAGUAAACAAGACUCCCAAUGGCUUUCGAAUCACGUGGGAUUUACCAGAGAAACAAUCUUGUUACGGAACAGCAGACAUUGUUAUCAUUCUGUCCAGGAAGACCGCAACAAGUGAAGAUUUACUGCAGACGUACUAUACGCCGGGUACCAGUAAUCACUUCGACAUUCUUGGGCUCAACCCGGAGACAGAAUACACACUGGGACUUAACAUUCAGACUCCUGGGACACCGGCACAGCAGACAGACUUCCUAACUACAAAGACGGAAAAAGAAAGUGAGGGCGUGUCAAAAGGUGCCCUGGUUGGAGCUAUAGUUGGUGUGCUGGCUGUCGCGGCUAUAGCGAUCGUGGCGGUAGUGGUGAUGUCUCGGAAAGGGAUCAUACAUCCGGUCACACAAGUGCGCAGUAUCCAGCGUCAAGUGACACAGAGGGUUCGAAGAUCCAGGGCUGGCCAAGAGCACUUCAACUUCGGUUACAAGAACGACUCAGACGACCUGUACCUUUACGGAGGUAUGAACUACGCCCAGACCAAGGUUCUCAGUCGCGAUGACGUAGUGCUGGAGUCCCUCCUCAAGGCGGGACACUUCGCUGACAUCUACAUGGCAAAGUACCGCGGUCAAACCGUUGUGGCUAAAACUCUCAAACAACAUUUCUCCAAGCGUGACGAGCACGUGAUGAAGGCAAAAAUCAAUUUUUCAUCUGAGAAAGUCGGUGAUCACCCUCACGUGCUUAAGUACCUGGGAGCAGUAGUUGAAGGGCCAAUCGGUCCCUUCAUCGUGUACGAGUAUUGCGAUAAUGGGACGCUGAAAGACUUUCUGUUGCGCAAAAAAUCAAACCUGACCAUAGACGUUCAGGAAAUGUUGUUCCGGUUCGGACUUGACCUUGCUAAAGGCAUGGAGUAUCUCGCUGGAAUCAAGAUAACUCAUCGGCGCCUGGCUGCACGCAACAUACUGCUGACCUUCCUGAACGAGAUCAAGAUCUCUGGCUUCGGGCCUCAACCGGAAGAGGAGGCUGACGGUGACGCAGAGGGAGGAAAGGGGGAACGUAUACCCGUAAAAUGGAUGGCGCCCGAGUGUAUGGUGUCAACAAAGAAGGCGAACGAGAAAAGUGACGUCUGGUCGUUUGCUGUGGUCCUAUGGGAAAUUUUCUCGCUCGGUGACAACCCAUACGAGAAAAUUCGAAGCCAAGACUUGCUUUCCCAGCUCAAGAAUGAUGUUCGUCUGCGGAAACCCGAACAAUCGGAUGAUGUGUGGUACGGCGUAAUGAAGAGGUGCUGGGCAUUCGAUGCCAACAGGCGCCCACGCUUUGCUGAGGUCCGUCAGCAGCUGGAGAGUCUGUUUGUAGCAGGCCCAGGAGAUGACUACAUCUAUUCCAAGCAAUAGACGUGACGGUCGGAACAUAUGAUGUGGCGUUACGCUUAAAAGACUGAACAUUUCCCACAAUCGUUGUUUAUUCUUAUGCUAGAAAACCAUAUUAUGUAGGUUAACACAUAGUCGGAACUAAGUAUGACAUUGUAUUGCAAUUAACAAUAUUGAAUCCAUGCGUUAACAACGUUAAGUUAAGCAUUAUAGCCGUUAAUGACGAAUGUAUUUUAAAAAAAACUUGGUAAAUAAAACAAAUAAGUAAGAUGCUUAAUCUUUAUUGCAUCGAAAAACGACGCCACGUCUGUGUAUGUUAGACUCAAUAUACUUGUACCACGUGAUGCUUUAAUCUUGAAUUUUUAUAAUCGUUAUAACUAUGUGUGUUUCUUUUGAACUCAAACUAUGCCGAACGGAAAUUUGCUGAUCAUGGCUCAUUGGAACAAACGUAAUAACGAUGACUGCCUAUUGACGCUACAUUCUUGUACGACAUAAGGAAAUAAACUGUGUAUUGACAUAUUAACAAAUUGCAUUUUACAUGUUCCCCUUUUAUGUAUGUAAACAUUUACUUCCCAUUAACAUUACCAUGUUAAUAUUAUUAUCCGGACGAUAUGGUGAAAACUUGCAAUACUGAUAACAAAAAUAAUAUUUGAAAAUUGUAAUAAUGACCUCUUUUCUUGUAAUACGAGUGUAAUGUGCAAAUGGAAACAACAAAUGAGGAAAAAAUAAAUAGAGUUUGUUAUCGCAUGUGCAUUGAAUACACAAUGUUUGCAAACGAUAUAUAAACAUCAAUUUUGUUUAAACGUAUUUAGUUUUAUAUACAGGAAUUACAUUGUAUAUUUGAGAAAUUGUUUAAAUAUAAUAGUUUAAUAGCGUUAUUCGAUCUUUGCUCGCUCGGUAUGAACUUAAUUAUUUUGUUUUAUUAUCAAUUAAUACUUCUUCAACAUGAUGCCAGGGUGAUUUCGUCAAUGUGUAUAGGCUUGUCUAACGCACGGUUCUUGUCCGUGCUUUUUUAUCAGCUAUCCAGUUAACGAUUAACAACUGUUUUAGUCUAUGUAUGUGUUUUAAAGAUACUUGUAUGAAAAUGAUAAUGUCGGGACAAUGUGCAUCAUACUCUUAAUUGUGUCAGUAUACUUCUUCCAGCUGCAACUUGAUAGAUAAAUGAUGUUCUGUGUUAUAAAUAAAUGCAUUACAUUUAUAAUUAUUUUAUGUUACUCGCCAGUUAUUGAUUAAUUAACUCGAUUUAGUUUCCGCUGUAAUAAUCCGGACAUGUGUUAAUAUUACUGUGUUUGUGCCCGGUGUUCUACAAAUGCGUAUGUGUUUGGCUUCCAUAAACAAAAGAGUCGUGUUGAAAUGCCUUUAAUUAUGUGUUUUAAAUAUUUAUUAUUAACGUUAUGUUAUGUAGGAAACGCCCACUUUCCUGUUGGCAGGAUGCCCGUAUUAACCCUUACUACUCUCUGUUAUACUAUGCAAACAUGUUAAUUGUUUUUUAAUUUCAAUAAACUCGAACUGAUAUAUG